AUGUUUUCUCCUCAAUUAAUUAUUUCUGUUUUAGCAAAAUUAUUAAAAGACAUUCUAAUAGAUGAUGAGAUUGAAAUGACUUAUUCUUUUUGUGACUCUUUAUGUAUUAUUUAUUUACUCUUUCCAAAUAUCAAAGAAAAUCAAAUUCAACCAAAAAUUGUUAAUUACCAUGACGUUAUUAUUUCUUUAUUUUCUAAUCACUUUUGUUCUUUACAAUUUCCAAUUGGUAAUUAUUCUAAACAAAAGAUCCUCGAAUCUAUUUAUCGUUUUAUUCAUUAUUCUUCUCUAGUACGAAAGAAUAUUUAUUUCGAUGGUUCUUUUGUCAAUCACCUAUAUUCUACAAAUCUUUCUGAAGACAACAAAAAAUUAGAAUGGAAAACAGAAGACAUAACAAUUACUCUAUUAUUCUCCAACCAAUCUAAGCCAUUAGACUGGAUUUUUAUUAAUAAAGGUUGGUAUUGUGAAGUAUCAAAAUCUAUUUUUGCAUUAUUUCCUUUUUUUCAUUAUCACAUGUAUUUCAAAGACGGUUGUCUCUUGUCAGAUUUCACAAUUCAUUCAAUAAAUACAAUUGUGUUUACAUCAAGGAAAAUUGAUUUAUUUGAGAACAUUAAUGAAUCUGGAAAUUCAACUAAUACUGAUCAAGACGUAUUUUUGUCAAAAGAAUCAACUAUGUCACUUCAUUGUGCUUUACAAAAAUUCACAAUUAACGAAAUUUCUUCAAUUUGUAAUACCAAAGAAUGUAGAGAGGAGAUGAAGUUAUGUGAAUUAGUUGGAGAUUGCAUUGAAGAAUUAAAUGAGUGCAAUCCAAUUAGUAGAGAAUUAAUUGAAAAUUGUUUCAUAACCCCAGAGCUUCUUCACCCUCAAAUUGUUCAAAAUAUUGCAUUCUGUGGAAUGACAACGAGAAUUGAUGCAUGCUCACUUCUUGAAAGGGGUGCCAGUGUUAAUAAAGAGAUUUAA